AUGUCUUGGCAUGUGUCGAAAGUUGUCGUUUACACGUUCACGAAAAAUGGCAUCACGACCCCUCGACUCCACGGUGUCAUUAUUUCUCGCAGUUCUCCAGGCGAACCUUCUGGCGUAGAAUCGGUACAACGUGGAGAAGAUACUGGAGGCGAACCUUCUGGUGUAGAAUCGGUAGAACCAGAAGAUUCUGAUGUAGAAUCGGAGGAUUCUUUUGAAGACGGGGUACCGAUAAUUUCUCUGAAUAAUAAAAAUAAGAGACCAUGAGACUCCGACGAGGAAAAAUCUCCAAUUAAACUUAACCAGGAAACAUCUAAUUUAUUUGUUCCUUAUCCGCCUAAUAAACAAAGAAAAACUAAAUAAGGUUAGUAGAUAAUAAAUACAGGUAUUAAGUAUGUUUUUUUUUGUUCACUUGUAAUAACUUAAAACCCGUUUUUUUUAUAAGGUUUUGCGUAUGCCUCCUCCUCCUCUACUGGGUGUGUCAUGCCAUGCUUCUUUGCUGUACUUCUUUGCUUCUGUGCAAGGCAAAAGAAGUAUGCAAAGCAAAGAAGUAGGGGAUGCUCCAGAUGUCAAGAUAUUAAGCGAGUUUUUCUGUCUCCAAAAAAUCCACAUUCCUCUGACAGCGCCAAAAGGUUAAGCGAGAAACCAAGAAUGCAACCAUGAAAAUCCCUCAACCCCACAUCAAUGGGGCAUCCAAACCUUGCGUCGUGACUAUCCUUUACCAUCUCUCUUUCCUCACAAUGGAAGAUCCGGUCCCAAAGCCCAAAGUAAUAAUAAUAGGCGUCGGUUUCGCCGUACGUCCCCCCACUCGCCUUCCCCCCCUCCAUCCCACAACAAGCACCCAACUAAACCCCAACCCAGGGCCUAACCCUCUCCCUCCUCCUCGCCAAAAACCACAUCCCCUCCCUCAUCUACGAAGCCCGCCCGCAGACCCACACCUAAGGCGGCACCAUCGCACUCGCGCCCAACGCGCUGCGCGUUCUCAACCACUGUGGGGUCUACGAACAAAUCCGCGCGCUCGGCUACGCCUAUGAGAAAAUAGCAUUCUGCACGGGGUCUGGGAAGAAGCUGGG